CUCUGAGCCUAAGGUCUGAGCGGCACUUAGUUUCUGAACUGUGCCCUCCACCUCCUGCCCCCGCCAGUGUGCCCAGGGCACCUGGCUUCUGGAGCCCCAGGGGAGCCAUGGACCCCAGAGGCUUCUGGGGAAAGAGUGCCAGCCCCUGGCUGUGCGGCUUCCUGAUCUUUGCUGCCUGCCUGGGCUUCUACAGCAACAUUUUCAACCUGAUUCCUGGAUGGGGGCAGAGAAGAGAGUCUGAAAGCCAGGAGGCCGGGCCCGUGGUCCCGCAGAGGAUGCUGGAGACAAGACAGUGCAGUGACCGUGACAGCCACCCGGACCCCUGCAGAGUUCCCAAGGUACCCAGGAUGCUUUACCCCAAUGUGAAGCUCCUCAAUCCCACGAGGGCGGAUGUGCUGGUCCUGACCCCCUGGUUUGCCCCCAUCGUCUGGGAGGGGGUCUUUGACUCUGCCAUUCUGGACGCGCAGUUCAGAAACACCACCAUCGGGCUCACCGUGUUUGCCAUCAAAAAAUACGUGGUCUUCCUGGAGCUGUUCCUGCAGACGGCAGAGAAGCACUUCAUGGUGGGACACAGGGUCAUCUACUACGUCUUUACUGACCGGCCGGCUGAUGUGCCCCAUGUGCCCCUUGCGGAAGGGAGGCAGGUCGUGGUCCUUGAGGUACGAAACUAUGCCCGCUGGCAGGAGGUGUCCAUGCACCGCAUGGAGAUGAUCAGCAACUUCUCACAGCAGCGCUUCCUCCACGAGGUGGACUACCUGGUGUGCAUGGAUGUGGACAUGAAGUUCUGCGAUCACGUGGGCGUGGAGAUCCUGUCCCCCCUCUUCGGCACCCUGCACCCUGGUUUCUAUGGGGCGGCCCGCGAGGCCUUCACCUAUGAGCGCCGGCCUCAGUCCCAGGCCUACAUUCCGAGAGACGAGGGUGACUUUUACUAUGCAGGGGGCUUUUUCGGGGGGUCGGUGGUCGAGGUUCUCCAGCUGACCACAGCCUGUCACCAGGCGAUGGUGGUGGACCAGGCCAAUGGGCUCGAGGCCGUGUGGCACGAUGAGAGCCACCUGAACAAGUACCUGCUCUACCACAAGCCCACCAAGGUGCUAUCCCCGGAGUACCUGUGGGACGAACAGAUGCAGCAGAGGCCACCUUUCCUCAGGAAACUGCGCUACGUGGCAGUGCCCAAGAAUCAUGCAGAAAUCCGGCAGUGACAAGCGUGGAGCCCUGGGGAGGUCUCUGUUCAGGCUGCCUCCUUAGCAGGUCUUCCCCAGGCAAAGGAUCUGCCAAAGACUGGAUGGUGUGGCUGAGUCCCUGGACCUCAGUGCCCUCUCCUGGAGAGGUGCCCAUUACUCAUCCUUGUAUUAAAGCUGGGCUCAUCCUUCAUGCUGCCCAUAAGGUCACCUUCUCCAGGAAGAGCUUUGAUUGUCCCUUUCUCUUGCUGUGGAAACACACCGCGCUUCACUCUGCAUCUAUGUAGCACUUGGUGUAAUCCCUGGGUGAGCUGUGCUGCCAUUCUGCUCACAUUCCCUGUUGGCCGUGCCCAUUAAGUAUGAGCUCCUGAGGGCAGAGGCAGUACCUACCAUGGUGCCUUAUGCCCAGAGACUCUCAAAACCUGUUCCCAUUUGAGCCUAAGUGAUCCAUAAAAAUCUAGUGAACCGUGCACGCAGACAAGGGAAGGGUUGCCCAGCCUAGAAGACUUUUCCUGGUUUCGUUUGUGCAUAUUGGUAGCUUGUUGCUUUGGGUUGUUUGUCUUUUCCUCACGGAUUUGUGGGAAUUUGUUAUGUGUUUUGGCUAUUAGUACUUUCCUCAGACACAUGUUAAAAAUCUCUUUUCAUUUUUAUGUUGUCACUUCAACUCCUUUCAUUCAGGUAAAUUUAUUUAUUAUUUAUUUAAUUUUUAAAGAUUUUAUUUAUUCAUGAGAAUACACAGAGAGGAGAGAGAGAGAGAGACAGAGACACAGGCAGAGGGAGAAGCAGGUUCCAUGCAGGGAGCCCAACAUGGGACUCGAUCCUGGGUCUCCAGGAUCACACCCCAGGCUGAAGGCGGCGCUAAACCACUGAGCCACCCAGGCUGUCCCAUAAUGCAGGUAAAUUUAACAACUCAUCCCUUGCCUUGAAAUCAUGAAGAUGGUGUUUUAUGUUAUCUUCCAGAAGCUUUGUUUUUGAGUCACACUUAAGUCUUUAAUCCACUCAUACUGACUUGUGUUUGCUUUUAAUGUAAGGAUCUGAUUUAGUUUUCCUUUCUCUAGAUAACCAUUAUCUUAGCACCACCUAUUAAAAUGCUGUUGCAGUCUUACCCAGAAAGUUCUUUUCCUGACUUGCAAUAUUAUGGGCCUCAUACUGUCAAUUGUCCCCAUGUGCCUAAUCUGUUUGGGGCUCUCUGUUCUGUUCUGUUGGUCUAUUGGUCUGUCCCUGUGGCAAUAACACACCAUCUUAGUUACUCUAGCCCCAUAAUCAAAUCUUGGUAUCUGGCCUGGCAAGUCCUCUCCGCUGAUUCUUUAAAAGUAGUUUUAUUGCUCUUGACCUGUUGCAUUUCCAUCUGACUUUUAUAUCUUCCGUCAAAUUGCACAAAGGAGCCUGCUGCAGUUUUUUAUUUUAUUUUAUUUUAUUUUAUUUUAUUUUAUUUUAUUUAUUUUAUUUAUUUUUUUGGAGAGAGAGAUGGAAUGCAGAUGAGUGGUGGGCAAGGGACAGAGGCAGAGGGAGAAACUCUUAAGCAGGCACCAUGCCCAGUGCAGAGACCCACUAGGAGCUGGAUCUCACAACCCUGAGAUCAUGACUUGAGCCAAAAUCAGGAGUCAGACUCUUAUUGGCUGCCCCUCCCAGGUGCCCCUGGCUGAAGUUUUCAUCAGAAUUGUGACCAGUCGAGCCGAGCUGAUCAGUGGCUGCUGGAGGUGCCCCUCCCCUCUGCCAGAAGGCUCACAAGCCAGGGCUGGGUCCUCUUGAGGCUGGGAGGGAGACCACCGCUUCCUCUCCCCCAGCCCCGGGGUCAGCUGGCAGCCAUGGGUGCUCUUCGGGUGUCGGGGUGCCACCUCUAAGUCUGCCCGCAUCUCUGUACACCAUACUCCCUGUGUGCGUGUCUGGCCCUUCCCAAACAGGUGAGAGUUCACAGAACACAACACACGAGAUCCUUCUGUUGCAGGGAUUCUCUGCCUUUAAUGCUGUAAUUCUUGGUCACGCUGCUUCGAAGAAUGAAGAGAUAGACCAGGUGAAGAGUGGUGGGCAGCAAAGAAAGUUUAUUGAACAAGAGUAUAAGGCUCCCAGAGAGGGAGGGGUCAAUGUUGUGCCCAAGAUCGUGAAUCCGAGAAACCACCAAGGAGCCGACACCGAUGCAAACACACGAGGGUUUAUUUACAAGCUCGAGCCUGGGUCCAAGUAUACCCGACGCAGUGGAGCAGGGACUUGGACCCCGAGACUAAGAGGCUUAGCAACUUUAUAGGGGCCAGUGGCCAAUGGGAUCCCAGAAAGUUGCACAGACAUGCUGGUCCGCUGAGCCGGAUUUCCGAUUAGGGUGUGUCCUGGUCUCUGACUAGGGCGGGGCAGUGCCCUAAGUAAUAAGCAGGUCAGCACAAGGCGGGUGCAGCCCAAAAUAGAGUCAGUCCUGCUCUGCUUGUCCAGGGGUAGGGAUUUUGUUAAAUUUCCUGGGUCCCACAGUCCUGAGAGGGUUGCCCCCAGAGUUUCUAAGUUUAGAGGUUUUUAUGAGCUCUUUUGCAGAACUAUCUUAACUAAGCAAUCAGAGCUUUGGUCACGCAUCUGUCUACCUGUUAGGUUAAUGUCAACAUGUCAAUGGUCUUUUUUUGCUGACACCUGGGGGCUUAUGUCUACACUGCUCCUUACCUGUGAUAGGGACAAAGUCAGUGCUGUUUUAUCUUAGCUGUCCUGAGGCCAUAUUUUCUCACUGGGGACUCCUGUCCUGACUACCUAGCUGUCCAACUAGUCCUGACACUUCCCUCAAAAAUCGCUUGAUGAACAAAUCGCUCUUGGUAUUGAAAACCAAUCCAAGCUUGAGCGUUUCAUUUUCUUUUCACUUUCUCUCUCCUACUUCUUGUCCAGUGCUCUCAUGCCUUGGAGCACACUGCCCUGAGGAUCCCCAGUCCUCUGGUGUAGACUCUUUACACUCCCUUGAUCUUAAGUGAAAUGACGAUUCAAGAUCAGCUCCCCAAGUGGCGUCCAGCAAGAGUCACCACCAGACAGUGCUUCCCAGCCGGCCCAGGGCACCCCGCUGCCUUUCUGACUUUCAGUGAAACGUCUCUGGGGAGUCAGUGCAGGAAACUGUGUUGUGCCCAAGAUUGCGAAUCCGAGAAACCACCAAGGAGCCGACACCGAUGCAAGCACACGAGGGUUUAUUAGCAAGCUCGGGUCCAAGUAUACCCGACACAGCGGAGCAGGGACUUGGACCCCGAAGUUUUUUUUUUUUUUUUUUUUUGGACCCCGAAGUUUUUACAGCUGGCUUUUUUAUAGGCUGGUCUAGGGGAUUUCCAGAAGGGAUGGAAGAAUUCUAAGAUGGCCCAUGGGCGUGGGCUCUGUUGUCUUUCUGAUAUGGGAUUACCUGCCGAGGACACUGAGGACAUUCUGAAGUUUUUCCCCUUAAAGUUCAGCUCUUAUUCUCAGGGACCUAAGAUGGCUGUACUUGUGCUAAUGCUAAACUUUAGGUGGGAUGGCCUUAAUUUUUCUCCGCCUCCACAACUGUGCCCAUGGUUGCGGCCUGGUGACCUCUCUUGUUAACAGUGAGAAUGUUUCCCUCUCUUCUUGCUUAAUGAGAACUGUAGUUUUUCCCCUUAAAUCAGGAGUGGAUUUUGAGUUUUGUCAAAACUUGUAGUCGACUGUGAGGAUCAUAUAAUCUCUCUCCUCCUGUUAAUAGAAGUGACUUGUAAAUGCCAAGUCCUUAUAUCUGGGUUUCCUACCCUCACAAAUCUGAAUUGACCCUACUUGGUCAGGGCAUAUUACUCUGGCAUAUUGGUUUAUUCUUUCUUUUGUCUGUAUUCACCAGGAAGACCCAUCUAUGGCCCCCGUUUGGGAUCUUUCCGGGAGACGUUGGCAUCAUGGUCCAGAUAGUCUGGGAGAUUGGAUUCAGAACCUUAUCUUCUAUGCCCUGGGAUAUUUGAGUCAUCUCAGGAUUGG